UCGAUGCUCAGUAUUUGUUAUCUCUAAAGGGGCACGACAGACUCAGUGGAUACAAUAGUGCGACCUUCUCAUGCUCUUCCCAAUGAGCAGAAGGUCCAAAGUCCAUGUCCUUUCCGAGUGUUGUUCUGCGAGUCUCCAAGGAACAAACUAGCAAGGAGCGUCAACGCUGAGAAAAGUAUAGCGAUAGCGGUUGAUUUGCACGUCUGUCACAAUGGGGAAUGGAAUGAACAAGGUUAUUGAUGGUCUUUACCUCGGUAAUAUAAGAGAUUCAGAGAACAGAGACAGUCUGUCUCGGAAUGGUAUCACCCACAUCCUCUCAGUCUAUAACAAUGCCAAGCCUGUAAUGGAGGAUAUGACCUACCUUUGCAUUCAAGCUGCUGACGCUUCAAACCAGAAUCUGUCACAACACUUCAAAGAAUGUAUUCGCUUCAUCCAUGAGUGCAGACUGAAUGGAGGUGCCUGUCUGGUUCACUGUUUGGCUGGAGUUUCACGCAGCACCACCAUGGUUGUAGCUUAUCUGAUGACUGUCACCACUUACAGCUGGGAGGAGUGUCUAUCUGCAGUCAAGGCAGUCAGGUCAUUUGUGGGUCCAAAUUAUGGUUUCCAGCAGCAACUGCAGGAAUUUCAGAUGACAAAAGUUUCCGAGUACCGUGCUUGGCUUCAGUCGAGCUACCGACCCAGUCCCUUCAAAGACCAGGAGCAGGUGAAGGCAUUGCUGAACCAAUACGCUGAGCAGCAGAGACAGGAGCGCCAGCGGACAGGAGACCAGGCCUGGAUGAAUCAGGCCACCAGUGUCUAUCCUUUACCCUACAACGCUUACGGCUCAGGCAGCAGCAGAUGAGCAGACACCUCACCCCCCCCCCAACCCAUCCACCCACAACAAGAGACAUUGACUUGCGCAUGGCUGCUAUACACCUGCUUCUCAUCCCCCAUCAAACUGCCACAGAAGUACUCCAUGAACUCUCCUCUCAUGGAAGCCUUCGCCAAAGUACACCCAAACACCUUACAGUUAGCUCCACACUUAACUGUUGAAUGUAAGUUCUCCAAAUGCUACUCUCAUGUAAUGGUUUUUUUUUUGUUUUGUUUUUUUACAUUUUAUUGCAGGUUAUGAACAUGACCUCUAAAGCAGAACAUUCUAAGAUAUUCUGAGCUGUUAGCAGGAGUUUGCAUGGGAUAAGUUUGUGAUCAUAUUGACAAAGCACCAGAAAAGGGAUGACUUCAUCACAGUGUUUAGUUUUGGGGGACAAUGGAGUAACAAAGCCAUAUUGUACAUAUU